AUGGCUGACAGGCGCCUUGAUAGCGAAGAGAAUUCCCGAGCGAAACGGCUGAAGACCACCGCGUCAAACAUGGAUCCGCGCGACAACCCCUACCUCGCCCAUAUGUUCGAAAAUGAGAACUCGACUAAUGGCAGUAGUAAGGCGAAUGGAGCCGCGCGGGACUCGCCGUUAGCCAAAUUUCAGAGACACAAGACCACCUCUGCGAUGGCCAAGGAAGCAGAAGAUUCCAAGGUCAAUCCUUUCACCGGCAGACCUGUCUCAACCCGAUACUUUUCCAUCUUAAAGACCCGCAGAGGCCUCCCUGUUCACGCGCAACGAGAUGAAUUCCUCAAGCUUUAUCAGCAAUCCCAAAUCCUCGUCUUUGUCGGUGAAACCGGUUCUGGUAAAACGACACAGAUUCCUCAGUUUGUUCUUUACGACGAUCUUCCUCAGCUUCGAAACAAGCUAGUGGCUUGUACUCAACCGCGGCGAGUAGCAGCAAUGUCGGUCGCCGAACGUGUUGCGAACGAGAUGGACGUUAAGCUUGGAGAGGAGGUCGGCUACAGCAUUCGAUUCGAAGACAUGACCAGUUCUAAAACUAUUCUGAAAUACAUGACCGAUGGAAUGCUGUUAAGAGAAGCAAUGCAUGACCCGGAUCUCAACCGCUAUAGCACCAUCAUCCUCGACGAGGCCCACGAGCGUACAAUGGCUACAGACGUCCUUAUGGGACUUCUCAAGGACGUUGUCAAACGCAGACCCGAUUUGAAACUGAUUGUUAUGUCUGCCACGUUGGAUGCGCAAAAGUUUCAACGUUACUUCAAUGACGCCCCUCUCUUGGCCGUCCCUGGACGAACCCAUCCAGUAGAAAUCUUCUAUACGCCAGAGCCGGAGCAGGAUUACGUGGAAGCUGCGAUCCGAACGGUUCUCCAAAUCCACGCAGGCGAGAAAGAAGGCGAUAUUCUUUUAUUCUUGACUGGUGAAGAAGAGAUUGAAGAUGCCGUUCGCAAAAUAUCGCUGGAGGUAGAUGAGAUGAUCCGCGAAGCAGAUGCCGGGCCAAUGAAAGUAUAUCCCCUCUAUGGCACGCUCCCUCCAGUCAUGCAACAGCGCAUUUUUGAUCCCGCCCCCGGGCCUCGAAAACCGGGCGGGCGUCCCGGGAGAAAAUGCAUCGUAUCCACCAACAUUGCGGAGACGUCCCUCACUAUCGAUGGUAUAGUUUAUGUGGUGGACCCCGGAUUCUCCAAGCAAAAAAUAUACAAUCCUCGCAUUCGCGUAGAAUCGCUUUUAGUUUCGCCAAUAUCGAAAGCAUCGGCACAGCAGCGUGCGGGUCGUGCCGGCCGAACAAGGCCUGGAAAAUGCUUCCGCUUAUAUACUGAGGGCGCCUUUAAAAAGGAACUUAUUGAUCAGACAUAUCCGGAAAUUCUUCGUUCCAAUUUGUCUACGACAGUACUUGAUUUGAAAAAGCUGGGGGUAGAGGACCUUGUUCAUUUCGACCUUAUGGACCCUCCGGCCCCUGAAACUCUCAUGCGGGCAUUGGAAGAGCUGAACUAUUUAGCAUGCUUAGAUGAUGAAGGAAAUCUCACACCACUAGGUCGCCUCGCAUCGGAGUUUCCUUUAGACCCUGCCUUGGCUGUUAUGCUAAUCACUUCCCCCGAAUUUUACUGCUCGAAUGAAAUUCUCUCGAUUACCUCGCUUCUAUCGGUUCCCCAAAUAUUCGUACGGCCUGCCUCACAACGAAAACGUGCGGAUGAAAUGAAAGCCCUCUUUGCACAUCCAGACGGUGAUCACCUGACGCUCCUUAAUGUCUACCACGCUUUUAAAAGCGCUGAAGCGCAGGAAAAUCCCCGACAAUGGUGCCAUGACCAUUUCCUUUCCCUCCGUGCUUUGCAGUCGGCAGAUAAUGUUCGUCAGCAACUUCAACGUAUAAUGGAGCGAGAGGAGAUUGAGCUUAUGUCCACCCCGUUCGAGGACAAAAAGUACUACGAAAACAUCCGGCGGGCCUUGGUCGCUGGCUUUUUCAUGCAGGUGGCGAAGAAAGAGAGCCAAGGGAAGAGCUUGUAUAGAACCGUGAAAGAUAACAACGAGGCGGUUCUUUUACACCCGAGUACUGUACUGAGCUACGAAGCGGAAUGGGUCUUGUACAACGAAUUUGUAUUGACAUCGAAGAGUUUUAUCCGGACAGUCACGGCUGUAAAAGGCGAAUGGUUACUUGAUAUUGCCCCGACAUACUACGAUAUAUCAGGGUUUCCUAAGGGUGAAAUCAGGGCUGCUUUGCUUCGAGCCGCUGAGAGAUUGUCACGAAAGGAGAAGAUGCGUUCUGAUUCGAGGAAGCGAUAG